CUGAGAUAAAUAGAGGAAAGUCCAAAACAUAGCUAGCAUUUCUGCUUUUAAAACGGAGGCUUAUUGUUUGUGUGAACACAAAGGCUGCAAUUUCCGAGACCGUGCUCCAAGCAGGAAUUUUUUUAUUUUUUGUCUCUGUGACAGACGAUCCUCAAAAGGAAAUCUGAGGGAGGAGAGAUGAAAGCCAUCAGCCCCAUCCGAUCUGUGAGAAGCUGUCACGAGGCGGUGUGCUGUUUGUCUGAUCAGAGUUUGGCCAUCUCACGGGGCAAGAACCCAGUGGAAGACUCCAUCACCUUGUUGUAUGACAUGAAUGAUUGCUACUGUAAAUUGAUGGAGCUGGUCCCCAGCAUUCCCCAGAACAGAAAAGUCAGCAAAAUGGAAAUCCUCCAGCAUGUUAUCGAUUAUAUAUUUGACUUACAGAUCGCAUUAGAAAGCCAGCAACAGGACCCCGAGAACACUGCAUCGAGCAGCUCCAUCCUAACAUUGCAGCGAUCGGAACUGUCUAGUGAAGGAGAGAGUUUGGCCUUGUGUCACUGAUUAAACCGCGGUGUGCAUUCAACUCGCUGCUCCUAGCAUCGCUCCAAGAGUGUCCUGCCAGCGAAUCAAGCAUCAAGACCCCACCCCCACCCUUUCCGUUUCCACUUCAAGCAGUGCCUUGAACACCAACCAUUUCAAGGACAAAUCGUGUUUUUUAAAAAACGAGCCAGUGCAUAUCUGGGAAAUGCUUUCCAUUUGGCACCGAGUACUGAAUUUAACCCUUCGUAGUUUUUUAAGCCACUAAAAGGACCAAAGACGACUAAUGGAAGUCAUCUGAUUUCUUGAAAGAUUUUUAGAAAUUCAUGGAGAAAUUAUGUGAUUAACUUUUGAAAGAUGCUGGUUGAUUGGAAUUUGAUGAAAAGCAACAAAUGUCAGGACUGUCAGAAUGGUUUUAUUUUAGUCGAGAAAUCUUCUGAGGGGACCAAACAGUGGGGACUUGGCUGAUCUGCUGAAUCCAGUACUAGAAUGGCUUGUGUAUUCCCAGUUCCAAAUUUAUCAUUUUACAGUGUUCGACAUGCUAGCUCUGUUUUUGCCCAGCGCCAUCUGUGGCACAGGUAACCAUGUCUUGCUGCAGAGCCUGUGCCUCUUACGGUGCAGGCUAUUGUUUCUCGUAGCAUGGAUCGCACUCUCCCACAGUAUGUUUUUUGCAGGAGUGGAUGACUUUUGGAGUCACUGUCCUGGGGCUGUUACCUCCAAUGGUAUGGGCCACUCUCCUGAGGUUACUGUUGGAUGAAGUUCACUUGUCUCCAAUGAGGAGGGCUACUACUUCCUAGUGCAUGAGUGGAACACCUGACUAGUUUGCAUGGGUGAAGAGUAACAACUUGCAAUAGUACAGGGGACUUCACUGAAUCCACUAAUUGGGAUUGCGCCCCCCCCCCCCCCCCCCAUCACCUUCAAACUUGGUCAGGCAGGAAGGAUGUAAGAUUAUUUCAGGUCAUGCCCUGACAUUAAGAGAAUAAAUAGAAGGUCUUAAUUGGCUCUGAAUUGCUGGUUGGGAUUCUCUGAUAGAGCCACCAAUUACACCUCACAUGCAACAUCAGAAUUUUACAAGACAAGGCCCAAAUUUCAAACUGUGAACGCAGGGAUUCUUCCACCAGCCUUGUAGCACUGUGUCUGGGAAUAUUCAGAUCAGGGAAUCUCUUGGUUAGUUAACACUUCUGAUGUCUACAUUUUUUUUUGGGGCAGCCCAGUUUAAAAAAUAGAGCGUGCAGCAUUGUGGUGUUCUUCCUAUAAUUUUUCCAAACAAAUCACAAACAUAAUCCUAUUCCAGUUGGAACCUUUAGAACUUCCAUUUUGUAUGUAUUGGGAGGAGGAAAUUAUGUCCAUUCUAGUGGAAAUGCACAAAUCUUGGAGAACAGCUUCAAGUAGACGCUGCUUCACUGAUCUGUAGAAGAGGGAGUGAAGCUCCCCAACUUUUGCGAACUCUAUACUAGAGUAUCUUUUGUAUAUUUGUGGGGAGAAAUUUUCCUGCAAACAUGUAUUUCUUCUGACUUUUUUAAAAAAACUUUUUAUAAAAGUUUAUGGAAAUGUAAAUUUUAUACAUAAUAAAAAAUACAUUUACAAACAUAA